AUGGAUUUCACACUCAGAUGCAACAUUCUGAAAUGCAGAAAGGAGCUUAGUGGCCAUGCCGUGGUGACUACUUGCAGGUACUGUACCUCCAUACAUUCUAUAUCUGCUCCUGGCUAACCCCUCGAUAGCCAUGUCUUUUGCAUUGAAUGUUCGAAUGCUUGCCAGCUGAAUGGGGCGCGCGACGGAGAAUUCUCUACCUGCCCAGCCUGCGAUGGUCAACUCCGCAAUCCUGAUGAUGUCGUUGUUACAAACCUCAAUCCAACCGAAGACUAUAAAACAAGCGUCCUGAGCGGAUUGAGCCCGAGCAUCAUAAUGGAGUGUGCCGGAAGAGCGUUGAGUUGGUGGGCAUAUCAAGCGACCCAAGAGAUGUUUGUAACCAUCCAGAAAUACCUCUGUAGGAGUCACUGCAUUGACUUGGUCUUAGCACUUACCAAGACUUCCUAGUGAAGAAUCUUGGGGGAAAGUAUGCCGCGUUGAACCUUCAAAUGGAUAAGAUCAUUCACAAUGCGAACUCGGAGAUCUCGAAUUUGCGCAAUCUAAUGUCGAGUAGGUGAACGUCGAAACCAGCGUGGUGUGCCUGCUAAUUUCUCUAGGCCUCCAAAUCGAGAAAGAAUCUCUGCGAAACAAGAAUGACGAGCUCAGCCAAGCUUUCCGCGAAAAAUGUCGUAAGCAACUUCAAACUCAAGAGACACUUGACAAAAUCAAACGCCGUUCGAUGUUGGGACAUGUUCAAAAUGCAGCUUCUGAUGCGGUUGAACACUCUUUCCAAGCAUCUGUAGCUGCAAAUCGAUAUGUUGACAGUUUAGACCGAACCCAACGUCCACCGCCUCCGCCUCUGUUCGCGGCUCGACAGCAGAGCAAUCCUCAGAACCAAAGCCUCGGCAACCCGACCGUCAUCGCGCCACAAAACUUGGGUACCUGGAAUGGAUAUGAUGGUCAGGAGCCUAGACAAGGGGGUAGUCAAUUGGCAAGUCAAGGUAUGUCAAACAUGUCCUCCUCUUUCUCAUUUGCCUAACACCCACAAGGUAGUCAACCAAUCCAAUCAGGCACCACUCAUCGUCAACCACUUGGAAACAACAAUCCGCAAGCUCCUUCACGCACUGCGAAUUUCCAAGCGAACAGUGUUUCUGGUACACCCAUGGUCCAUUCGGCACGACGCCCAUUGUCAAAUCUCAAUCCCAACAAUGCUGGUGGAUCUGCCUUCGCCGGAUAUGGCAUGAGUGCUGGUGUAAAGGUUAGCAACGGUUCGGGCACAUCUGGAAAUUUGGGAGUCGGCCCUCCACUCAGAUCUCGAGGUUUGUCAAAGUCUGUGUCAAACUUAAAACUUCCACUAAUUCCUUUUAGUUGCUCAACGCUCAGCUUCUAUUCCCGGGGGUCGUGACUCGGCUUUUACACCUCAAAACCCGAACAUGUUCAAUCGAGGGUCUGGAUACUAUUGAGCUGUCGAUAUCGAUAAUGCUAAUUGUAAUUGCUAUACCAACUAACCGAUGUAACUAACAAUUGCUUUGUGUAGUCAGAUAUUCGCUUACGCAAAGCUUAGCGAGGU